AUGGUUUGGAGGAUCAUGUCUAACAAUUGGUACUCUAUUAUUGUCAAUGGAAAAAGAUAUGGCUUCUUUCAAUCUACAAGAGGUCUCAAACAAGGGGACCCCUUAUCUCCUGCCCUAUUUAUUUUAGGUGAGGAGGUCCUUUCUAGAUCCCUGAACAGGCUCCAUAACAAUCCGGAAUAUCAUGGUUUUUUCAUGGAAGUCAGAGGCCCACAAGUGAACCAUUUAAGUUUUGCAGAUGAUAUCAUUCUCUUCACUUCAGGAAGACAGAAAACAUUGAAACUCAUUAUGCAGACUUUGAAUUCCUAUGAGGAGACCUCAGGACAACUGAUUAACAGAGACAAAAGUCACUUUAUGGUUCAUUCAUGCGCAUUCAACAGUACAAGAGACAGAAUCAAGAAAAUCACUGGUUUCAAACAGAAGGAGGGCCCCAUCACUUACCUUGGUUGCCCUUUAUUUGUUGGUAGACCGAGGAUUAUUUAUUUUGCUGAUCUUAUUAAUAAGGUUUUGUGCAGAAUCACAGGAUGGCAAACCAAAUUAUUAAGUUAUGGUGGUAGAGCAAUUCUGGUAAAACAUGUGUUGCAGUCAUUACCUAUUCACCUCUUAUCAGCAGUGACUCCUCCAGUUGCUGUCCUCAAGCAGAUCCAAAGCAUCAUGGCUGACUUUUUCUGGGGAUGGAAGGAUGAGCGGAAAAAAUACCAUUGGGCCUCUUGGAAGAACUUAAGCUUCCCUUAUGAUGAGGGGGGUGUUGGUAUGAGGAAUCUCAAGGAUGCACCUAACAGUCAGCUGGCCAACAUCCUGUCCACAGAGCUUUACAUCCAGCAGGACCUACCUGAUCAGGCGAUCUGGAAACCAAAUACGAAUGGAAAAUUCAGCUGUUCAUCUGCAUGGAAUGAGAUCAGGGAGAAAAGGACCAAGACCAAGCCAGGACUAGAUACUAUAGAACACAUAUUCAACAAUGGACAUUUUGCGACCUACGUGUGGAAAAGUUUUGCAGGAACUGCUGGUAUCAACAAUGAUCACAGUUCACUCCCACAACUCAUCACGCAAUGGUGGUCAGCCAAGUACAACAAUAAAGCACAUAAGCUGUUAUUACAAGCUACGCCAAUAUUCAUUUGUUGGAACCUAUGGAAUAAUAGAUGUGCUAGUAAAUAUGGAGGCAAGUUGUCCAAUGUUAGUAGAGUUAAAUAUGCUAUCUACAAGGACAACUACAAACUCAUGACUACAAUUUUCUCUCAAAUCAAAUGGCCCUCCAACUGGCAGGAGUUAUUUCAACUGGGAGAAAAAUGUAUCCAUGAAACCAAAGUGACUUUAGUUCAAUGGAUAAAACCUCCAGAUCAGUGGGUCAAAAUUAACACGGAUGGCAGCGCACUAAACAACCCAGGCAGAAUUGGAGCAGGAGGCAUCAUACGAGAUCAAACUGGAGAACUGUUACUAGCAUUUGCUGCUCCACUAGGGGAAGGCACUAACAACCAAGCUGAAAUUGGAGCAACCAUAUUUGGUAUGACAUGA